AUGGAGCCAGACAGGACUCAGAUAAAACUUGACCCCAGGUACACAGCAGAUCUUCUGGAGUUACUGAAAACCAAUUACAGCAUCUCGUCUGCCUGCUUCUCUCAUGCUCCCACUGCAGCCCAGCUUCUGAGAGCACUGGACCCUGCAGAAAUUGCCCUCACAGUCAUCAUGACCUUGCUUGCCCUGGGCUCAGUCAUCAUCUUCCUGGAGGAUGCUGUCUACCUGUACAAGAACACACACUGUCCCAUCAAGAGGACCACCCUGCUCUGGAGCAGCUCUGCACCCACGGUCGUGUCUGUGUUCUGCUGUUUUGGUCUCUGGAUCCCUCGUUCACUCAUGCUCGUGGAAAUGGCCAUUACCUCGUUUUACGCAGUAUACUUUUACCUGCUGAUGAGGGUCAUGGUGGAAGGCUUUGGUGGGAAGGAGGCAGUAAUGAGGACACUGAAGGACACUCCAAUGAUGGUCCACACAGGCCCCUGCUGCUGCUGCUGCCCCUGCUGCCCCCCACUCAUGCUCACCAGGAAGAAGCUUCAGCUGCUGAUGUUGGGCCCGUUCCAGUAUGCCUUCUUCAAGAUAACACUGAGCCUCGUGGGCCUGUUUCUCAUCCCCGAUGGCAUCUUUGACCCAGCAGACAUUUCUGAGGAAAGCACAGCUCUGUGGAUCAACACUUUCCUCGGUGUGUCUACCCUGUUGGCUCUCUGGGCCCUGGCCAUCAUUUUCCGUCAAGCCAAGAUGCACCUGGGCGAGCAGAAUAUAGGAGCCAAAUUCGUCCUCUUUCAGGUGCUCCUCAUCCUGACUGCCCUGCAGCCAUCCAUCUUCUCAGUCUUGGCCAACAGUGGGCAGAUUGCUUGUUCACCUCCCUUUUCCUCUAAAAUCAGGUCUCAAGUUAUGAAUUGCCACCUCCUCGUACUGGAGACUUUUCUAAUGACUGUGCUGACACGCAUGUACUACCGAAGGAAAGACAACAAGGUUGGAUAUGAACCUUUUUCUUCCUCAGACCUGGAUUUGACUUCAAAUUCCAAAGUGGACAUUGAAAGAGACACUGUACACAUUAAAUGGGCACAAGAUUUCCUCACUGCCCCUCAACCUUGACCACAGGGGAAUGGAUUCCAUUUCCAGAACAAGGUGACAGAUUACAUUUGACUGUAGGAGAUGAAGAAUUAUGGAAUAGAAUGCAAUUAUUUUGGACCUUGUCUGGAGAAGGUAUUUUAAGUUUUAUAAUAAACAGGAUAGAGUUUAAAAUUCUACAGUUGGGUACAUUGCCUCUGUGGGUGACACUAUUAGCCCUUGAAGCUUGUAUAUUGAAAGGUCACUCUGAGUUUUCCCAAAGCCAAUGAAAGGGGGGGAAAGUAUGUGGUAGUUUGCCUGUUAUAAGAACAGGAGAAGAAAUCAACCAGGCAAGCCUUUACAAUUAUUGUGGCAUUACUUACAAU